AAAAACAAACAAAACCCAAAACACCCUUUGCUUUCUUUAACCCAAAUUUGAUAUUUUUAGCUUCAAAAUCUCAAAUAUCAGAAUAAAAAUCUAAACUUUUUUAUAUGUAGAAGUUGAGAGAUAGGAAAAGAGAGAAAAGAGAAAAAAGACACAGAGAGAUGGCUUCCCAUCUCUCAUUUUCCACUCCUUCAGCUCUAUGGGGUUCAUACUUAAACUCCAAAUCUUCUUCUUUAUAUCAGUUGAGUUUGAAGAAGAGGGUAGGAUCUCAUGUGAGCUGCAGCUCAGAGAAUGAGAGUUGUACUUCAGCUUCUUCUGAGCAUUCACAGGAACCUGUAGAGGAAAAGAAAUCUGAAACGUCAGUCUCACGGAGAUGGUGUCUGACUUGCCUAUGCUCCACUGGAGCUCUGAUAUCUGCUUCUGGGAAUCUGAUUUCUGCACCAAAAGCAAUUGCCUUAGAUGGAAAUGAAAGUCCUGGAUGUCGGAAUUGUGGGGGUAGUGGCGCUAUAAUUUGUGAUAUGUGUGGUGGUACAGGAAAAUGGAAAGCUCUAAACAGAAAACGAGCUAAAGACGUUUAUGAGUUCACUGAAUGCCCCAAUUGUUAUGGACGAGGGAAACUAGUAUGUCCUGUAUGUUUGGGAACUGGUGUACCUAAUAAUAAAGGUCUUCUUAGGCGGCCAGACGCAAGACAGUUACUUGACAAGAUGUAUAAUGGACGACUGUUGCCAAACUCAUAAGGUUGAAAGCUAUACUUAAACCAGAAGGACAAUGAAAACAGACUCAAGUGAACUAUGGAUGUCACAACUAUUGUGUUGUUGCACAUAUAAAGUGUACGUGUUAAACCUCUCGACGAACUCUUGUUCUAACUCCCCGAUCUAUCUUGAAUACUGGGGUUGUAUUCCCAGACUUUCAUCACCCCCGCGACCAUUCUUGAAAGAAAUGGAAAGUAGUUUCUGCCACAUGAUAUAGUUUGCAUAGCAACUAUUUUGGAGUAUUGUCUUCAUAUCUCAAAACAACAGAGAAUGAAAGAAGAGAAAAGAGAGACUAUUUUGUACUUUAGAAUAUAUAAUUUCUUCGUAUGGAAAAUUGUUACUUCUUUUUCAUUUAAACUUGAAAUACAAUGACCUAAUUACUAAGAGAAUGAAACAAUAUCAUAACUC